UUUGAAGCAACACAUUAAUACAUGGUUGAUGAGAAUGAAAUGAGAUCCUUAAACAACAGUAGCUAGGAGCAGUAGUAAUCUUCGCCCGCCAUUACUGUACUCUCUCACUCGCUCUCUUUAGGUCGUCCCUCCAUUACCAAUUCCACACACUCUCUCUCUCUCUUCUGGCGACUUUACUUCCCCAUUUCUCUCACAGAUUCUCAAUGGCUGCCACUAUUGCCUUCAACGCCGUCGGAGCUCCGGCUAAACUUUCCGGCCAAUUCCGCCGGUCUUCUCCUCUCCUCGGCGGCCUUCGAUCGACUCAGCUUCGUCCUGGUCUGUCUUUUCAACGCACACCUUCAUCCUCAUUUUCAUCCUCUGGUAUCAGGGCUCAGGUUGCAGCCGUUGAACAAUCUAAUGCUGCUACUGUGGCUAAGAAUUUGGAGGGCCCUGUGGUUGUGGUCACUGGGGCUUCGAGAGGGAUUGGUAGGGCAAUUGCUCUGGCCUUGGGGAAAUCUGGUUGUAAGGUACUUGUAAAUUAUGCGAGAUCUUCAAAGGAGGCUGAAGAAGUUUCCAAGGAGAUUGAGGCACAUGGUGGUCAAGCUCUUACUUUUGGUGGUGACGUCUCAAAAGAAGAAGAUGUAGAGUUAAUGAUCAAAACUGCAGUUGAUGCAUGGGGAACAGUUGAUGUCUUGAUCAAUAAUGCAGGAAUAACGAGGGAUGGAUUAUUGAUGAGAAUGAAGAAACCCCAAUGGCAAGAUGUUAUUGAUUUAAAUCUUACUGGUGUCUUUCUUUGCACUCAGGCUGCGGCUAAAAUAAUGAUGAAAAAGAGAAAGGGGAGAAUAGUGAAUAUAGCAUCUGUUGUUGGUCUGGUAGGAAAUGCCGGCCAGGCGAACUACAGUGCUGCAAAAGCUGGUGUAAUUGGUUUUACAAAGUCUGUUGCAAAAGAAUAUGCAAGCAGGAACAUUAAUGUCAAUGCUGUGGCUCCUGGUUUCAUUGCAUCCGAUAUGACUGCAAAACUUGGAGAAGACAUAGAAAAGAAGAUCUUGGACACCAUCCCCUUAGGGCGAUAUGGUCAACCCGAGGAAGUAGCUGGACUGGUAGAAUUCUUGGCACUUAAUUCGGCGGCUAGUUAUAUUACUGGACAGGUCUUUACAAUUGACGGCGGAAUGGUGAUGUAAAGCCCGAGACCAGCACUCUUGCCUGCUUCAACUUUAGAACAAGUCUCCCACAUAAUAGGUUUUUCGUGUAGUUUCAUUUUUUGUCCCACAUAAUAGGUUGUUUCUGGCGGAAAUUACAUAAGAAUAAUUGUUCUUAUUUGAGGUGAUUUUUGUAUGCUUUAUUUUGCAGUUUCAAGUAAUCUAAUGUGAUUGAACUGA